AUGCUGUCUUUUGCCACGCUUGUCUCGGCCCGUGCUAUGGCACGGGCUGCACCCAGGUAUACAGCUGCAUUUGCAGUGGCCUCGAGUCGUCACUUUACCAUGUCCACUCGUAGGCUCGGUGUAGUGAAGGUGCCGGAGAUGGCCGAGUCGAUCUCCGAGGGCACGCUGCGUGAAUGGCACAAAAAGGUUGGUGACUAUGUGAAUGAGAGCGACGAGGUUGCGACGAUCGAGACGGACAAGAUUGAUGUGGCCGUCAACUCGCCCGAGUCAGGUGUCAUCACCGAGUUGUACGCUGAGGCGGAGGACAACGUCGAGGUCGGCAAGGACCUGUUCAAGAUUGAGCCUGGUGAGGCGCCAAAGGAGCAGCCUAAGGAUGAAGGAAAGAGUGAAGAGCCAAAGAAGGAUGAGGAAAAGAGUGAAGAGCCAAAGAAGGAGGAGCCAAAGAGUGAAGAGCCAAAGAAGGAGGAGCCAAAGAAGGAAGAGCCAAAGAAGGAGCCGAAGAAGGAAGAGCCGAAGAAAAAGGACGCUGGCAGGCAGGAGAGCGAAGUAGCACCGAAGGCUGGUGCUCGCACAGAGUCGCGUGUUAAGAUGACGCGUAUGCGCAAGCGCAUUGCUGAGCGCUUGAAGGAGUCGCAAAACACGGCUGCAUCGCUGACGACGUUCAACGAGAUCGACUUGAGUGCUUUGAUGUCAUUCCGUGCGCGCAACAAGGACCGUCUGCUGAAGGAGACAGGUAUCAAGCUUGGUUUCAUGGGCGCGUUCUCCAAAGCGUGUGCGCUUGCUCUGCGUGACAUCCCAUCAGCCAAUGCCAGCAUUGAAGGCGAGGGUCUUGGCGACACCAUUGUAUACCGCGACUAUGUGGAUCUCGGUGUGGCUGUCAGCACGGAGCGUGGUCUAGUGACACCUGUUGUGCGCAAUGUCGAAAACAUGGGCAUUCUGGAGAUCGAGAAUGCGAUUACCGAAUUAGGCCUUAAGGCGCGUGACAGCAAGCUGUCGCUCGAGGAGAUGACGGGUGCCACCUUCACGAUCUCGAAUGGUGGUGUGUUUGGCUCCCUAUUCGGUACACCAAUCCUGAACCUACCAGGCUCUGCCAUCCUGGGUAUGCAUGCCAUCAAGGAGAAGCCGUGGGUCGUGAACGGAAAGGUGGAAGUGCGUCCUAUCAUGGUUGUGGCUCUCACGUACGACCACCGUCUUCUCGAUGGUCGUGAGGCCGUCACGUUCCUCGUCAAGCUUAAGCAGUACCUGGAGGACAUGCCUACUAUGCUUUUGUAG